GUAGGGUAACCGGCGAUACUGAUUAGCUUGUUAGUUGCGCUUCUGCACGGGAUCUGUUCGGUACCCAUCUAUUUAAAUAAUAAUAAUAAAAAAGCAUAAAAUGUUUAUCAUUAUUUGUCUUUUAAGUCCUCUAUUUUCAGUUUAUGUUAAUUCCGCUCAUAUUGAUCAGAGUCAAACUGGUGAUUAUAACUUCCAAGUUGACGUGAAGGAUGUGCAAAUAUUCGCUCUGAUGAAUGGUGAGAGUGAGGAAGACUAUAUGGAAUAUGACUACGCUUAUGACUAUUCACAACUAACAAUAAAACCUCAAAACCGUACAACACCAAGACCGUUAAAUAUUACUGUUAUUUCGACAGAGUUAAAUAAUUUAAAAGAUAAUUUGACAACUGUGACGCCGGUCCAGGGACAGACAAUUGGACUUUUUACUAGCGAAACUACAAGUUCGGAUUUUAUUUCCACCACAACAAAUUACUUUGUGGAUGAUAAUACGACUGAAAAAACUGCUGAGAUUGCUUCUACUAAAAAAGUGGUGACCACAACUCCGAGAACUACAAUUAAAUGUAAAAAAGGUUUCUUUUUGAAUAAAAAAGGAGAAUGUCAACUUCAAUUAAAUAAUACCGGGAACGCAUUGUUGAAACUUGUCAAACUGUCACAGAGAAUGAAACUGAGAAGAGAAAACAAGAGCAAUGAAAACUCAUAAUAACAUCAUAAAAUUAUAUUAUAAAGGAAAAAAAAACAAGACUGCUUUGAAUUAAAUAUCCUCUGUCAAUACAUAAAUAAAUAAAAUUGAUAUCAAUAAAGUUUGUUUAUUUAAUGUUA